AUGUUGACCGUAACUAUCAAACAAGAUCUGCACAUGACACAACAAGAUGUCGCCAAUUCUAACAUCGUCGCGUUGUUGGCCACUUUAGUUGUCCGGUUCAUCGCCGGGCCACUGUGCGAUCGCUACGGCCCAAGACUAGUCUUCGUGGGACUGCUCCUGUGUGGAGCAAUUCCAACAUCCAUGGCUGGUCUUGUCACAACACCCAAGGGGUUGAUUGCACUUCGAUUCUUUGUGGGAAUUCUGGGAGGAACAUUCGUUCCAUGUCAGGUUUGGUGCACAGGCUUCUUCGACAAGAAGAUUGUCGGCACUGCCAACUCCCUCGCUGGAGGAUGGGGCAACGCAGGUGGAGGAAUCACAUAUUUCUUGAUGCCUGCCAUUUACGACUCCCUCGUUCAUUCCCGCGGCCUGAGCUCCCACAAGGCAUGGCGCGUCGCCUAUGUCAUCCCCUUCAUCAUCAUCACAUUCAUCGCCAUGUGCAUGCUGUUCCUCUGCGAAGAUACACCCACAGGAAAAUGGUCUGAGAGACACCUCUGGGCCAAGGAGACCAACGGCACUGAGCCCACCGAUGGCAACAUAGUCGAUCUCAACACCGGCACUUUCUCCAGUGGGAUGACAACCCCCUACAACGCCGCAACAACUGAUAUUGAAAAGAAGGGCGCACAAACUCCCCAGGUUCAAGAUAAGGAAGCUUCGGUGAUGGGCCAGAUGGACUCGAUCUUCAAACAAGAGACAGUCGUCGCCCCAACCCGCAAGGAAGCUCUCAAUGUCGCACUCAGUCUAUCAACAAUGGCCGUUGCAAUCCCCUAUGCCUGUUCCUUUGGAUCAGAGUUGGCCAUCAACUCUAUCUUGGGCUCUUAUUACGAACAAGUUUUCCCGCACAUGGGUCAGACAGAGACUGGCCAAUGGGCCGCCAUGUUCGGUCUUCUGAAUGUUGUCUUCAGACCCGCUGGCGGGCUGUUUGGUGAUCUCGUCUACCGUUUGACGGACAGCGUCUGGUCAAAGAAACUUCUUCUCACCUUCCUGGGAGUCUCUAUGGGCGCUUUCCAGCUUGCUAUUGGGCUGUCUGGUCCGUCUACUCAGGCAUCCAUGUUUGGUUUGAUUGCCGGAUUGGCUUUCUUCCUCGAAGCCUGUAACGGUGCCAACUUUGCUGUUGUGCCUCACGUGCAUCCAUUUGCCAACGGCAUUGUAUCUGGAAUCGUGGGUGGCUUCGGCAACCUCGGAGGUAUCGUCUUUGCUAUUAUCUUCCGAUACAACGGCUCGGACUAUGGGAAGUCCAUGUGGAUAAUUGGUGUGAUUUCUUUGGCCGCUAAUUUGGCAGUCUGUUGGAUUCCGCCUGUUCCUAGCCAACGACGGUCUUGA